AUGUUAGGGAAUGGAGUCAAACAAAGGGAACAUACAGAGCAAGAAGUACCAGGCGCGGAAGAUAUAGAACAGGGGGUCGCGCCGGAUGCGUUGAGAAAGAAUGGCCGAGCUGAAUUCAUCGAGGUGGAAGUCGCGGCAGAAGAAUUGGUGGUCUCUCAGUCUCAACUCACAAGAGAUAAAAAUAAACUUCAAGGACAAACCCCCAUUGUCGAAGAAGAUAUCGCUAUGACGACCGACAUUUUUCUUCCCAUUCCAGUCCCAACGGACUAUCCCGAGAUCAAAUUCAGACCCCUCAUCCUCAAUUACAAGGUCCUGAUCGGCAUCCUCGCCUUCAACAUCCUCUGCGCAUUGGUGAACAAACACUGGGUAGUUGAUUGGAUUUCCUUCAUAUAUUUCUUUUCGCCGACAUUUCCCGUCUUUGUCGGUGGCAUUUUCGUGAUUACGAACACCGGGAAGCGAGUAUACUUCUCCAUAACUCCAGCGAUGUUCUAUCUUGUUUUUGCAUAUCUUGUUAUUUAUGAUAUAUCUGUCCCUCUGGCCUGGCCAUGGCGAGAUCGCAGAUUGGUGCGAUAUCAUGACAGCAUCGCAGAUUAUGCUUCGCUGUUCUAUGCUAGCCAUCUCCUCUAUGAUCCAGAUUCGAAGUGUCACUUUGGGCUGGGUGUUGCAACUUUGAAUGUGAGAGCAGGUGAGGCACAACACGUAUUUUUCGUGGUUUAUGAUAAAUCAUACUGGAAGGAAAUGGCAAUAAGGACAAAAUUAUCAAAGAAAGCAGAACGAAGACAAGAAAUCGAGGAGAGACGACGAAAGAGAAGGCAGAAUGGGAACCGAUUUCAAGAGGAUGUUGUCUAA